AUUUCCGGUCUCUACGUUUUCUCAUCCGGCCGGCUUGCUUUCCCCGGCGGUCGUCCAGACUAUUGGGCGCUAGCGAGAGGAACUAUUGGUACGGGGCUAGAGAGGAAGGCUGUGGGGUUGCCGGGGGAGCAGCGAGCGACCGACUUCCGUUUCCGGUUACCAAGGCACGAGGAUCCGGUGUUCCAACCCGGGGGAAAAAAUGCGGCCUUUGACUGAAGAGGAGACCCGUGUCAUGUUUGAGAAGAUCGCGAAAUACAUUGGGGAGAAUCUUCAGCUGCUGGUGGACCGGCCCGAUGGCACCUACUGUUUCCGUCUGCACAACGACCGGGUGUACUAUGUGAGUGAGAAGAUUAUGAAGCUGGCCGCCAAUAUUUCCGGGGACAAGCUGGUGUCGCUGGGGACCUGCUUUGGAAAAUUCACUAAAACCCACAAGUUUCGGUUGCACGUCACAGCUCUGGAUUACCUUGCACCUUAUGCCAAGUAUAAAGUUUGGAUAAAGCCUGGUGCAGAGCAGUCCUUCCUGUAUGGGAACCAUGUGUUGAAAUCUGGUCUGGGUCGAAUCACUGAAAGUACUUCUCAGUACCAGGGCGUGGUGGUGUACUCCAUGGCAGACAUCCCUUUGGGUUUUGGGGUGGCAGCAAAAUCUACACAAGACUGCAGAAAAGUAGACCCCAUGGCGAUUGUGGUAUUUCAUCAAGCAGACAUUGGGGAAUAUGUGCGGCAUGAAGAGACGUUGACUUAAAACGAAGUCAUUGCAAGGACAGACGGCUGUGUGGAAGGGCCGAGCUUUGUUUCCUGUGUUUGUGUGGACUCCACCAUCAUGUUGAAUUUUGUCAACACUCUGACCUCUUCAGGGACUUAUUUACUGUACUCUCGAUCACUGACAAAUGCAGGCUGGAUUCUUAUUAUAUACAGAGAUGGCUCAAAAAUGGGGUUUCAGCUCUUUGUGUUUGUGACGAAAUAGAAUACUCUUGUUUCAUAUUUGAAUCAGAGGGCUUCUUGUUCUGAGAAAUAGGUUCAAAAUCAUUGGAACUAGGAACAAGAAUAGCUUAUUGUUAUCUGUGAUAACACUUUGUUUUCUAAACACAAGGAUUUUUUUUAUUAAUAUGCAACAUAGACAUUGCCAUAACAGAAUAAUAAACCACAUGUGGGGUUUUAAAAAUGAAAUUUGGCUAAUAAGAGCAAUUCAGCUAUUUUUCUAUACAGUAAUUAGUGUGUGGUAUGGAAGAAAAACGGGUUCAAACCCCACUUCUGCCACCUACCAGCUAUAUGGCCUUGAAUGAGUCAUUCAGCUUUAAUAAGGUUCAUUUUCUUCUGCUUAAAAAGACACGAAACUUAAAAAACAGCUUUGGCCAUCUACCUGAGAAUUAGAAAUUCUGAUUUUUGGAAUUAGAAAUCAUGACUGUAGGCUGGGCACAGUGGCUCACGCCUGUAAUCCCAGCACUUUGGGAGGCCAAGGUAGACGGAUCACUUGAGGUUGGGAGUUAGACCAGCCUGGCCAACGUAGUGAAACCCCAUCUCUAC